CACUCUGUCAGUCUGAGUUGUGAACUGGUUCGACAGGACUGGCGGUGACACCCUCACCGAGCAGCCCUACAGAUGAACCCCGGAACUCGGAGAUGAGGCCGCUGUAGGUUCGGAGAGUCCGGUUCGACGGAAGCCAUGAGGGCCGCCGCGGUGGCGUUUUACGGGGCGGCUCUGGGGCUGCUGCUGGUCGGCCUGCGGGAGCUGCUGACUGGCUUCGAGGAGAACCGAUGCAGCAUGACCUACAUGUUUGAGUACCCGGAGUACCGGCGCGUGUCUCUGCCCAGACGCGUGGCCAGACUUUACCCGGCGUACGGCCUCUACCUGUACGGCGAGGGCCUGUAUGCUCAGGAGACCCGGGCGCUCAAACUCACCGGCGUGCCCGUUCUCUUCCUGCCCGGAAACGCCGGCAGCUACAAGCAAGCUCGCUCUCUGGGUUCGGUGGCCCUGAGGAAGGCGGAGAACAUGGAGGGCGGCGUCCAUCUCAACGUCUUCACCGUGGACUUCAACGAGGAGCUGGUGGCGCUUUACGGCGGCAGUUUGCUCCGGCAGACCCACUUCCUGCACGAGAGCAUCAAGGCCAUCCUGCGGCUGUACAAGCAGCUGAAGACGCCGCCCCAGAGCGUGGCGCUGGUCGGCCACUCCAUGGGGGGCGUAGUGGCCCGGGCGCUGUUCACUCUUCCUCGCUUCAACCCUCACCUGGUCAGCCUCAUCAUCACUCAGGCCUCCCCCCACAUGGCCCCGGUUCUGGCCCUGGACCCAUACCUGCUGGAUUUCUACACGGCGGUGAGGCAGAAGUGGGUGAAUCAGGCGGCCAAGCUCAGGAACAUCACCGUGCUGUCGGUGGGAGGCGGUUACCGUGACUACCAGGUCCGGUCUGGGCUGACGUCCCUGCCCUGUCCCCCAGGAGACCCCAACAAGCUGUCUCUGGUGGUGACGGCGGUUCCCCGGACCUGGGUCUCCACCGACCAUCUCUCCAUCGUCUGGUGCAAAGAGCUGGUCCUCGCCACAGUCAGGGCGUUCUUUGACCUCAUCGAUGCCCAAACCAGACAGUUCACAGAUGAUCCAGAGAGGAGGCGGGGCGUCCUGAACCAUCACUUCAUCAGACACAAUGUCAGGACGCUGAGAGAAGUUCAGGACACGUCCGUCCCCGUCCUGGAUGUUCCUGAAGCCUGGAGUGAAGUGAACUCUCUACGUCUGUCCUACAGAACCCCAAAGGAAGGACAGCUGAAGUACUUCCUGUUUGCUCUGCCGAGUCGGCGGAACGCCUACAGUCAUUUCUACUGCCGCAGCAACAACCUGGAGACGAGCAGCUGGGUUUUUGGCUGUCUCCAUGGCAACGCCUCCUCCUGCGGACGCACCGUGGACCUGUCCAUGGGAACCGAACUGCUGCCAGCUUAUAAGGUUCUGCUUCUGCGUCUGGCCGACUUGUCUUCCUUCACUCAUCUGGUCGUUUCUGCCUCCAACCUCAACAGCAAACAGUUCACGGUGGAGUGUGAGUGGCAGAGAGAAGAAUCUCUGACCCGGUCCGUCUCUGUGCCUCAUGUCUUGUCCUUCGGUUUUCAAACCAGUGAUGUCACAGUGAACUCCUCUGGACUUCUUCACAACAUCCAGCUGUUUCACUUCCACCAGGUGUACCAGGCCUUCCGGAUCAGCGUGGUGAGUCAGUGCAGAGGAACCAGAGAUAGGCUGCCCGGUGUGUACCGGAUGCGGGUCCCCUGGUUCCGGGAGGAUUCCUUCACCACAGCCAGCGCGCCGUCCGCUGCAGAGAUCUCAGGGAUGCUUCACACCAGUCGCCCUGACAACGGCUCCAGUGUGCUGCUGCAGCUCCACACCGCCCCCAACUGCCAGUACAAGGUGUUGGUCAGAACCUCCUUCCCCAAGGUGCUGGGACAGGUCUUGCGGUUCUGCGGGCCGCUGGUUCCGGUCUACACGGCCGUAGCACUGCUCCUGGCCUGCGGGGGGCAGCUGUCCUCCAUCUUGGCGUCGGGCCGAGCAGCAGACAUGAGCGAGGCGGUGGGCGGGGCGCUCCAGCUGCACAAGGUCAACCUUCCUGUUUACCUGCUGCACAUCCUCCUCAGCUGCUGUCGGGACCUCCUCCCCCCGGAGGACGUCCUGCCCUCCACUCCGCCUGACGAGGCGCUUCCUGACUGGGUGGAGUCAGGGGAGGAGUGGCGCCACCUGCUGGCGCCGCUGUUGUACGUGUUGGGGGCCGCCGUGGCGUUCUGGGCCUGCGCUCUGCUGCGCCUGCUGGUCCGGCUCGCCUCACUGCUGUUGGCACCGCUGCACAGGCCGUCCGUCUCCAGGGGCGCCGGGACGCUGCGGCUCCGGACCCGCCUCCUCCUGGCCGUCUGCCUGGCGGCGGCCGGAUCCACUUCCUGCGGCGCUCUGGCCAUCGCCGCCGCCGGCCUGCUGCACCUGAACCGGGUUCUCCGGCUGCAGAUGACUGAGCGAUCUCUGAGCCACAUGUUGAACCUGGCGCCACGGAAACAGAAACCGGCCGCCAACGGGGCGCCGGAGGCCGCGGCUGGCGAGCGCGGUGGCGCCCCCCUACUGUCAGAGAGCGCCCUGCAGGAAGUGAGGGACGACCUGCAGCUGCAUCUCAGCCUGGCGGCGCUGCUGUUGCUGCCCGCUGUGCUCAGCGCGCCGUCGCUGCUCCACUGGAGCCGCAGCCUGAGGUUCUGCACCCGGCUGGACCCGGAUCCCUGCUGGCUUCACUCCGUGCCUCUGAUCUGCGUCUCCCUGCUGCUCAUCAACUGCGACACGCUGCAGCUCAGCAACAGCCGACUGCUGCCUGUCGUCUCCUGCCUCCCGCUCCCAUUGGCUGUUGCCAUGGCAACCUUCUCUUCACUCCACCUCUACAGAAUUGCCUACUUCCUGUCGGCGGUGCUGGUCCCCCUGGGCGUCUGCUGCCUCCUCUAACGGCCCGGGAACCGACCCGCCUGCCGUCCGGACGUCCUGCCGCCUCGUCUGCCUUAUCGCUCUGCCUUCAGGGAGUCAGCGGGGGGCGCUGUUCUGAUGAGACCGGGUUCUGAUGGACCGCCUGCCCGCCGCCCGGAACCGGUCAUGUUUACAUUCAUAGUCCUAGAAGCAGAGCAGCAGGGUGGCGUUGGAGAGGUCCGAUUUGUUUCUGUGUUCUGGGUCAGAGGUCAGAGGUUAGGGUUCUGGGUCAGGGGUCAGAGGUUAGGGAGCCAAAAGUUCAAGUAAAUUCUUCAGAACCUGAUAUGAAGCAUAUUCUCCUCUUCCGGGUCGGUGGCCUCGCAGACGGCCCCACCCCUUAUUGGGCUUUAAAGAACCUCCAAAGGGUCAAAGGUCGAAGUCAGCCAGGUUCAUCCGGAACCUCCUGGACCGGGUUCCCGCAGCAUGAGGCUGCCACCACCAUGUCGUCUCCUGACCCAAACAGCUCAGACCAGAGGACAGGGUCAAAGGUCAGGACCUCACCCUGCUGCCAGAACAACCACUGCUUCCUUCAGCCUGAUGGUGACCUUUCAGAAUAAAAGCCUUUUAUUGUUCCGUUCACUCACCAGUUCCUUUUUCAUCCCAUCUUCAUGGUUCUGUUCUGGUUCUGGUUCCUGGUUGUUAUAUUUCCCUCUUGGUGUUUCUGGUUGCCAUGGAGACCAUCAGAACCGACCCAACAGGUCAGACUCUGCUGCCUUAUUGUGUCUAAUGGUAAACCAUCAGCAUUGCUGAUUUAUUGACUGGCGAUUAUUUAUUGGUGAUUGAAAUCAAGUUCAGAACCAGAACCUGGUCCAUCAGAACCGCUCGCUCCGGUUCGCCGCUGGCUCGGUUCUGUUGACCCGUUUCUGCUGAAACCGAGCAGAGAGACGGAAAUGAUUUGUUUUUAUGUUUCAUUCAUGCCUUUAUUGUGAAGUACUUCCUGUAUUUUAAGCUGAAAACAGGAAGUUGAUGCUUUGUGAACUUUUUUUUUUUGUUGCCAAAAGUGAUUUUAUUUUUUUAUAUUCAAGCCGAUAAAACAGAGAAUGAGAAUAAAAUUCAAAUUUAACAUUUUCAACAUUAAGAUGCAAACAUUAGAAAAUGUUACCAAAAAAAAUUCAAAUAAAAACAAACGUUUGUAUAACAUUAAUAAGUAAGUAAAGUACUCAUUUUGAAUUUAGAAAAAUUUUGAAGCUUUUAAAUUUUAAAAUCUAAUAGAUUUUUAAUAUUUCAACACGGAAAUUUUUAAAAUAUUGACUUUUUCAAAAUGGAAAAAUUUACAAAUUUUUGAAAAUAUAGUAAUGUGAAAAUGCUGAAAUUGAGAACCUGAAUGUAAAACGUAACGGUUUGAAACGAUGUAACGGUUUACCGUGGGGCUCUGUCGGCCAUCUUUCCUCGGCUCGGCGCCGCUGUGCCUUCCUGCUUCACUCCUGCCUGUCGGUGGAAACUCCAGCAGCUGGAAGUGGACUUUACUGGUUCCAGUGUUUAAAUGUGGCUCCCAGAUGGAAGCCUCCUGCUGUUGUAAUAAGUGGAUGAUUUGACUAGGACCAGCGAGCUGCCAUGCCCUGUGGGUUAGUGAUUGUGAACUGAAUGUGUGGAAACUCGUGACUUCGGCUUUUCUUGUGCAGUUUUUGUGCCUCGUCGUAAACGUGCGCCGACCUCGUAGAAGAGAUUAGUAAAAUCAGAAUUAUGUUUUAGAGACUCGUGACUUGUACCCGUCUUCACUGUGACUUCGUCCUUCCAGCCGUUCGGAUCAACGGAGGCAAAUUGGAAAAGAAGUGGAAGAUUUCUAUUCUCUGGUUUGAUGUUUUUGGAUAUUUUGAGCUUAAAUCUACGGAGACGUUUUUACAGUGCGUUUUAAAUGUGCCGGGUGUUUUCUAAUCAUAAAGCAGCCGUUUGUGACUGUAAUGACCUGAGUUUAAAGGGACAGUUUGUAAUAUUUGGUGGUUGAAUGUUUGGCAGCAUCAUGCCUGGACUCCAAAUGUAAGUAAAAAGCUGAACUCAGACUGAGGCUCACGUUCUACAAAAGUUUCACCUUUUGGUUCUUUCUCUCCUGCCUCAGAUACUGGUUCAGACUCGUCGUUUCCAUGGCGACGGGUCUGAAUCUGAACUGGUUGAAGCUUCAGCUGAAGGUGGCAGAACCUGCGACACCAUGCAGCCUCUCUGUUACAGUUUAGGUUGGGGAAUACGCUCUGUGCCCAUAUUCCUGUUGCCAUGGCAACCGCUUCAGACCCGAUACCGAUCUGCCCUCUCUAAACUGAUCAAGCGCUUUCCUUUUAUUCCUGACAUGAAUAAAAGUGGUGGGCACACGUCCACUAAUUUCGUAACAGCAGAGCUAAUACUUAGCUUAGCAUGUUUUGAAAAAUGUUUAGUGUACUUAGUCUCCCCUGAAUUUAAUUUUCCAGUAAACUUCUGAUGUAAUAAUUUAGUUGGCUGUUGUUAAAGCAUCAAGAGCUUUGAUUCUAGCAAUUUAGUUUGCUUCAGCUAACUGUAUUAAUUGUAGCUAAUAGCUAUGCAUAUUCAGCUAAUACUUUUAGCUAAAUCCAUGUUGGUAUAGCGCUUUGGCGUCAGUGGAAGUAAUGUUAGUGCUAACCUGGCUAAGCACGGCUAACCAUUUAGCUCGCAGUGCGCUACUACCUGUAAAAACCUGUUUGCUCCGUGUGACAUCGCUCCUCUUUGAGACGGCGUCACCUGCUGGAUCUGACGCCUUAGCUUUGGGUGUGAAUGUUCAGAAACAUUGAGGCGGUUCCGAAGGCGGCCACCCACCAUGGUUGCCAUGGUAACUGUGGUUUGGACCGGGGUGCUGUCGUGGGCUCUCCAGCCUGAUGCUGAAGCAGAAGUCCAGCUUAAUUCCUGCUAAAUGUGCUGAUGUGCCACACAGCUGGCUGAGGAGGUCCAGAUGUUCCGGUUGAAUGUUCUCUGAAGAGUCUUUAAUCCUCAGGUUUGGGUGGAAACUGCUUGAUGUUUUUAUAUUUGUUAUAUUUUUAGCUGACUUAUCUGUAAAUGGGACUUUUGGAACAAAUGUUUGAUUAAAACUGAGAAAAUAA